AUGUCCUUGCCAAAUGCUAAUGGAGUGUUAGGAUUCUUUUAUAUCAUCAACUUCGGCCUAUCGCAAGAACAAGUUGAUCGACAAUUCAGCCUUUGCAAGCAAGUUUUCGACCUCCCUACGGAUGAGAAGAUGAAGUAUCGUGCAGACCUUGAGAAGGGCGGCUAUAAUGGCUACAAGCCGUUUGGCAUACGCGAAGUCAAGCCGGGGAUAAAGGACAACACGGAAAUCUACAACAUUCCUAAGUUUAUCCCUCAGUACGAUCGCGAGCACCCUCAACUUGUCAGGGAGCACUGGGAUGAAAUCGAGCACUUUGCCCGUCACAUCCAUUCCAAGGUCGUGGGCAAAUUAUUGGUUUUGUUUGCAAUCGUCCUGGAAUUGCCUGAAGACUAUUUCCUCCAAAACCACCAGUAUGAGGAGAAGAGUGACUGUCAUCUCCGGUGGAUGAAGUAUCAUAAACGAACACCGGAGCAGAAUGAUGCGCUAGACAACGUCUGGGUCAAGGGGCACACCGACUUCGGGAGUUUGACGCUUUUGCAACCCGUGGCAGCGCUCCAAGUACGAACACCGGAGGGUGAAUGGAAGUAUGUUAAGCCAUAUCCAGGAAGCAUUACUGUCAAUAUCGCCGACGCGCUUCAAUUCCUCACCAAUGGGUUUCUGAAGAGCAGCAUUCACCGUGUGGUAGCUCCACCGCCGGAUCAAGCAAAUGUUGACCGACAUGGAGUGCUUUACUUCGUUCGACCCGAAGAUAAUCUGGAGCUGCUUCCAGUCGAGAGCCCUGUUCUACAGAGGCUUGGGUAUGAUAAGUCGCUAGACCAGUCAACAGUUGGGCUGACAGCGGGUGAAUGGGUUAAAGCUCGCGUGGCGAAGAACGUCAGUAGGGCUGCAAAUGAUGACGAAUCGAUUGCAAAGGGAGUUAAAGCGAAGUACUAUGACUGA